AUGAUCGCCGAGAGAAAAGUCGCCAUCGUUACUGGUGCCAAUACCGGUGUGGGCUAUGCAAUUGUACAGCGCCUCGUUCAAGAAUCGCCCAAUCCUCUCAUUAUCAUCCUCGCCUGUCGCAACAAGCACCGUGCGCAGGACGCGCUGAACAGCUUGCACAUCUACUUUAACGCCCUCCAGAAGAAGCGCUUUCACCAGGAACAGGAUAAAUACCGCCAUGACGAUCAGACAGAGGACCGAGCAUCAGGCGAAAAGAUCGGCGAACGAAACAACCUGUACCACCACCCAGAGCUCAAAAUCGAGUUGGUCGACGUUGGCAGUGCGGCCUCGGUCCUCGCAUUCAACCAGCGCAUCCGGGAUCAGUACCGCAAAGUCGACUACCUGUUCUGCAACGCUGGGAUCUUGCCCUCAACGGGUAUUAUGUGGGGAAAGCUCGUCUUGGAUAUCUUUAGAGCACCCAUGGAUGUGGUCAUUCGGUCUGAUGUCUUGGUCCAACCCAAGCAGCACCUCACUGAGGACGGUAUCGGAAAUGUGCUCGCUUGCAACGUCUUUGGACACUAUCUUAUGAUCAGAGGACUAGAGGACCAGCUGAACAAGACAGAGGACGAUCCAGGAAGAGUCAUUUGGACGAGCUCAAUGACUGCAGAAAAGGGAAGCUUUUCAGAUGACGAUUGGCAAGGAAUGGACGCGAAGCAACCAUAUGAGUCAUCCAAAUGGGUCACCGAUCUGUUGGCCAUUCGCUUGAACGAAAUCUGGGCCGGUCAACCUUCCGCAGGAACAGGUAUGGCUGACAUGAUAGCCGCAGGGUCGGAAAGCCCACGAUCGGACAACUCCUCAGGAUCAUCAUCAGGCACCGAGUCGAACAUUCCUGUAAGACGGAUCACACGAUCUACAUCCAAAGUCCUGCUUGUAUCGAAUGGUUUAGCACCCAACGACUCCGUCCCGCCCAAGAAGCACAUCAUCUCGAUCGCGACACAGCCCGGCGUAGUUGCUAGUGGUAUCGGUGGACUGGCAGCCUGGAUUGUUUUUCUCCGGCUCGCACUGCACUAUGUGCUUCGAUUCUGUGGUGAGCCCAACCAGACCAUUACAGGAUAUCACGGCGCACAGUCCAAUAUCUUUGUGGCUCUGAAGCAACCUGUCCAAAAACUGGACUAUCGAUUCAAAUAUGGGAGCUGUAUUGGCAGGACUGGUAAAGAAAUUCUGAAGGUGGAAAAGGUGGUCGAGUAUGAGGAGGUUCAAGGGAAGAUGGUCGUCGAAAAUCUGGAGAAGCUAAGGCUUUCGGUCCUCUCUUCAUAA